CUUUCUGACGUCACCUGGGAAGGAAAGGAAAAUGGCCGUCCGAAAUGUUCCGUGCUCUUUUCUACGAGCGGCUGUUCGGAGUUUUGCCCAUAGUCCAGCCGCGGCCGCUUCGGUAACCGCCGAGCAGAUGGCGGAGAAGCUGCGGGAACAGAAGAAGCCAAAAGCGGUCCCGGAGGUUCCAAAAGACCGAGUAUUGAGGCGAGUGCAAGAAUAUGUUCAGCAGACCCGAUGCUUCCAGCAGCUCCAUCCUAACGUCCUAGCCAAGGUUCUCAAAAAAGGAAUCCUCUAUUCGAAUAAAGAUAUUGUAGUAAUAAACAAGCCAUAUGGACUUCCUGUCCAUGGUGGCCCUGGAGUGAAGACAUGCAUUACAGAUGUGCUGCCAAUACUGGCCAAGAUGUUAGAUGGCAUGAAAGCUGAACCUCUGCAUUUAUGUCACCGACUGGACAAAGAAACUACUGGUGUGAUGGUCUUAGCAAAAGAUGAGAUGAUUGCACACCGAGUCCAAGAGAUGUUCAAAACCCGUCAGGUGGAAAAGAAAUACUGGGCAAUUUGUAUUGGAAAACCAGAGCCAGAAGAGGGGCUGGUGGACAUUCCCAUUAUGGAGAAAGAAGUGGAGAGCCACCAGUCGCAUUUCAAAAUGACACUUGCACCAAAUUAUCGUGUAUCUUUAGAAGACAAAAAGUUGCGCAAAGUGCACCGCAACAAAGAUGCUCACUUAGCAGUGACCCGGUAUCGUGUGCUAAGCAGCUGGUCUACUUGUUCUCUCAUUGAAUUGGAACCAAUCACAGGAGUGAAGCAUCAACUCAGAGUCCAUUUGGCUUAUGGCUUAGGUUGCCCAAUCCUUGGGGAUCACAAAUAUUCUCACUGGAGCAAGCUAGCACCACAGAAACUCUCUCUAGGUACACUGAAGAAACUGGGUUUGGAACAAGUCAAAGCCCGUUACCUCCCUCUCCACCUACAUGCCUGCGAGCUGACCCUGCCUCCGAUAAACGGCAAUGAGGAGCAGAAAAUCCACUUAUUUUGCAAGCCAACCGUCUUCUUCAAGCUCUCCUUAAAACGGCUAAAGCUAGAAUUUCCAAAAUCGGAACAAAAAGAAACUAAGACUGAUUAGCUGACAAACUUCCUGUCAUUUCCUGACUUUAUAAAGCCAUGGGAGGAUCCCGUGAAAGGGGAAAUACCUGGCACCAGAUGUUCUCAGCUGUGGAAUCACAACAUAUGCUUCUCUGGAAGCUUGCAGCCUUUCGGAGAAAUCUCUCCUGCCUGGCAGCUGAAAAUAGAACCGAGAAAUGGUCAGAGAUCUUCCAGGGCCUGUAUGCUGGUUUCAGCUGAAGUUGGAAGAUUUGGAAGGAUUCAUAACAUUUAUAUGAGCUGCUAUACCUGGAAUAAGAGUUAACUGGGCACAUUUUUUCAGUAUUUGAGAGUCAACAUAUACUUGACUUUCAACCAAACAGAGUUAAAUGGUUUACUUAAAUAAAAGAUGUGGCCUGUGCUGAA